AUGAAGGUCCCCGGGGCUGCCCUCGCCGUCCUCCUCUGCACCAUGUCCCUCUGCAGCCAGGUCUUCUCUGCACCAUUUGGUGCUGACACCCCAAUAGCCUGCUGCUUCUCCUACGUCUCCAAGCAGAUUCCACGCAAGUUCAUAGUCGACUGCUUUGAGACCAGCAGCCAAUGCUCCAAGCCCGGUAUUAUCUUCGAAACCAGAAAAGGCCGCCAGGCCUGUGCCAACCCCAGUGAGGCCUGGGUCCAGGAAUAUGUGGCCGAUCUGAAGCUGAAAGCCUGA